CCAGGUGCAGGGAGGGGAGGUGGAGUAGAAGGGAGGGAGGGGAGGUGUAGGGGCGAGAGGAGGUGACUCUCCAGCAGCAUUUAGACACAGCGAAAGGAUCAUGGCGGAUGGCCCCAGGUGUAAGCGCAGAAAGCAGGCGAACCCGAGGAGGACAAACGUGAGUAACUACAGUCAUGUGCUGGAGGGCCAGUCAGACUCAGAUGAUGACGAUAAGCUUCACAUCGUGGAGGAGGAAGGGAGUCUCCUGGACGGGGCUGACUGUGACAGUGUGGCCCCUGAUGAUGACCCUAAUGGGACCGUCGACCCUGACGGCAGAUGGGAUGAUGUGAAAGAGGAGUGUGUGUCAGAUGAGGAUGAGAGGAGCAGAGAUGCUUUGGUUGAGGAGAUGCUCCAGCAAGGAGACACGGCCGUCAUCUUCCCGGAGGCUCCAGAAGACGAACCGCGACAGGGCACGCCAGAAACCAGCGGACAUGAUGAAAAUGGCACGCCAGACUCAUUUUCUCAGCUCCUCACCUGUCCCUAUUGCUCUCGUGGCUACAAGCGUUACACCUCACUGAAGGAGCACAUUAAAUACAGACACGAGAAGAGCGAGGACAACUUCAGCUGCUCUCUCUGCAGCUACACCUUUGCCUAUCGAACACAGCUUGACAGACACAUGACCGCGCACAAAGCUGGCCGAGAACAGCGGCAUGUUACUCAGUCAGGUGGAGGAGGGAAUCGAAAGUUUAAAUGCACUGAAUGUGGCAAAGCCUUCAAGUACAAACACCACCUGAAAGAACACCUGCGCAUCCACAGUGGAGAAAAGCCUUAUGAGUGCUCCAACUGCAAGAAGCGUUUCUCUCAUUCCGGCUCCUACAGUUCCCACAUCAGCAGUAAGAAGUGCAUUGGCCUCAUCUCAGUAAACGGGCGGCCGCGAACUUCUCCCGCCACCGGGGCUGCUAAGACCCCGCAGUGCUCUUCCCCAUCCCUGCCAACCUCUUCCCCCACGGCAGGGGUCCAAGUCAGAGACAAACUGGACAAUAGCAAACCCCUUCAGGAACAGCUUCCCUUGACACAGAUCAAGUCUGAGCCACUGGACUACGAGUACAAGCCUGUGGUGGUGGUGGCCCCAUCUGCUAGAGGCAUAAAUGGCAUGUUCCAGGGUGGGGCGGCAGCCCCUCUUCAGGGUGCUGUACAGGCUGUUGUGCUCCCAACGAUGGGUCUAGUAUCCCCAAUCAGCAUCAACCUGGGGGACUUACAGAACGUGCUGAAGGUGGCAGUGGAUGGGAACGUCAUCAGGCAAGUGCUGGAAAGCACGCAAGCUAAGGGGCAGCAAGCAGGGACAGGAAUCGUUGGAGCAGGAGGGGUGGGAAUUGCCCAAGCACCCCAGCAAGUCAUACAGGCCAUUAGUCUUCCCAUCUUAGAUCAGGAUGGCAGUGCUAAGAUCUACAUCAAUUACAGUCUGGACCCUUCACAGGCCCAAGCACUCUUUCAAAGUCCAAAGAAGGAACCUUUGGGGUUGAACACAGAAGCCUGCAAGGCUCAGAAGCUGCCAGAGGACCUGACGGUCAAGACAAAUAGGGACAAAACCACCAUCACUGUGGACAAGAAAAAUACUUUACACAAUGACCCAGCACUUAAGCACUGUGGUAAAGAUGGACAUAGGGUAAACGGGAAAAAUCUUGAGGGGAAGAUAGACUUGGAGGAAGGACUGUGUCCUGGUCAGCCUCCCCUGAAGAACCUUCUCUCCUUGCUCAAGGCUUACUUUGCCUUAAACAACGAGCCCACCAAGGAGGAGCUGGCAAAGAUAUCAGAGUCUGUCAGUCUUCCAGCAGAGGUGGUGAAGAAGUGGUUUGAGAAGAUGCAGUUGGGACAGAUCUCUGUAGAUCCCUCCUCACCCCUGGCUGAGGAUGAGCAGACCACUCCUGGGGAUUUGGAUGGGACUAGAAGUGAAUCACCCAGACCAGAGCCGGAUAAGCAAAUGAACUCAGAGGAGCAAGGAGAGAGGGAAUGCUGUAGCCCAGCUGAAGGUAUAGCAGCUGGGGAGAAUGGGAUCGAGAGUGUCCCUACAUCCCCUUCACCAUUAAACCUAUCGGCCGACGGUCCUGUCCCAGCCAGGACUCUUGAGGAAGGCGAAGGACCUCUCGAUCUGUCGCUACCAAAAUCUGCUGCUACAGCUGCUGGGGCUAGCGGUCACGUAAACACUGUUUACUCGGCUCAAGAGGAGCCACUGAAUUUGACUUGCACAAAGAAGGAACUGCUCAGCAAUGCAAGCACCAAUGCUGCCAUAUAUGCCAGCCAACCAAGUGCCAAUCCCAUAAACAUCGUGACCACUCAACUGCCCACCCUAGUGGCUAUCACUGACCAGGGACAAGCGCAAUGUCUUCGUGCACUUACCACCACUAAACAGACCAUCCUGAUCCCGCAGCUGACUUACAGUUACACCACUACAUCCUCCAGCCCAGCAGGGAAUGACACACCACAAAAGAACGUUAUACACGUCAACGGCAUCAAGGAGGAGAAACAGGAAAUGGGGUCAGAGGUCACUUCAACAUUGGAAGAACAGACAGACUCCGACUCGGGGCCAACGAGGAAGAAGAUGAAAAGGACGGAGAGUGGGCUCUACGCCUGUGACCUGUGUGACAAAAUCUUCCAGAAGAGCAGCUCACUGCUCCGCCAUAAAUACGAACACACAGGAAAGAGGCCUCAUGAAUGUGGGAUCUGUAGCAAGGCCUUCAAACACAAGCACCACCUAAUAGAACACCUGCGCCUGCACUCCGGAGAAAAGCCGUACCAGUGCGACAAGUGCGGCAAACGCUUCUCCCACUCUGGCUCCUACUCGCAGCAUAUGAACCACCGAUACUCCUACUGUAAGAAAGAGGCUCAAGGCCAAGGGCUAGGCCAGGGAGUCGAGGAAGAGGACAAUCCUGGCGAGGAGCAACCCCGGACGGGCAGCACAGCGACCUCACCCCCUUCCCACCUGGAUUCAGAUGAGCGGGGGAGUAGUACCAGAGAGGAUGAGAGUGAGGAGGAUGACGAGAUGGGCUCGGGGAGCUUAGUGGACGAGGAUGAGAUUCAGGUGGUCAAGAUUGGAGAGGAGGGAGAUGAAGACGACCAGGGAGCAGAUGAAGACCAGGAAGGAGAGAGGAUGGAAGGGGCGGAACAAGAAGAUGGUGACGAGGAAGGUGAGAGUGAGGAAAAUGACGGACAGACACUGAAAGUCGUAGUAAUGCAGGAUGAAUGUGAAGACGAAAACGGAGAGGAGGAGCGAUCGGCGCAGGAGGGCAUGGACACAGGAACUCUUGAACACAUGAAGGACACAACAGAAAGAGAGAACCCAGCGGACGAUAAGAAAAGGAUUGAAAAUGAAGAAAACACAGCCACUAUGAAUAGAGACGUGAAGUGAAGAGAAGCCACAACUGUGUUUUUACGACCCUUAUUCCUUACGACAUUGUUUUACAAAGUUACUAAUUUGAAGGAACAAAAAAGAUGUUCUCUCUCCGCAGAUGUUUCUCUCUCUUCCUGAGAACUGACUGUCGAGAAUGAGAUGAGGAAGAGAGCGUGACUGCUCUUACGCUGCAUUUAAACCCACUACUGUGUAUAAACCCCCAGGUGUGCCUGAUAAAUACGAAAUAGUUACUUUUUCCACAUAAAGACAAUUUUCAGUGUUUGAGUAUGGUUUGUAUAAAUGCAAAGUUUAAUGAAAAACAAAAACAAAAAAAAGAAAAAUGACUCAUUUACAAACUGAAAGCUAAACACGUUUUGGCUAAUAGUUUUAUUACUAAAACGCCUUGGGUCAAUUUCUUUCAUCAGUAUUACUAAUUUUUUGUCACUCUCGGUUUACCCUCAAAAACUGUACAGUUGGGAGAGAGAGAUUUCUAUACGUUUUUAUUGCCAAUGAACGAAACUCAGUAUUUUCUUGCAUUUGAAGGAAAAAAAAAAAAGUAUCCUGUGCACUACCAUAUUCCCAGUUUACCUAUGGAACACCUAUGUGGGCCUUGUGUUGUUUAAUGUCUACCUUCCAGUAUUAGCGCCCCAGACAAUAUUUCCUAAGCCACGCUAGUGCUCGCUAGCACAACAUCUGUCUGUCGUCUCAUUUCAAGAAGGACUGUGAGCCUUAAAUGCUAAAAGAUUGAUGUGGUUAUGGUGGGAGGGCUUUAAUGAAUCCCAAAAAGCCAUGACAUCAAAGAAAAACCUUAGUAAUCCCGGACAGCUGGUUUUAGACAGUCUUCAUCAUGUUCCAGGUGAUCGCCAUCAGUCCCUUCCCCACCCAUCAUCCACCUUUAUGCAAAAACAUGCAUGUUGGAAGUGCCAUUGAACAGUGCUGUGCCGUUGCUAUGAUGCCGCCGCUGAGCAGCACACUCGCGUGGGGCUCAUGUCUUUGAUUUUGGUAGCAAAAUUUUGGACCCCUGCACCUGAACCACUAGUCCUGACUAAAGGACAAGACUGCCUCUUUUUUUGAUCAAUCCAGUAAGGACUACACUGCAUCAAGAAUUCAGGAAAGACUAUCAAUGA